GGCGGCGGCGGGGCCCCCGGGCCACCCUCCCCCGACGGGCCGAGGCCAUGCCGCACUUCACGGUGGUGCCGGUGGAGGACAAGCACCGCACGGACUACGACAACUUGGAAGGGCUCAGCUGGGUGGAUUACAGCGAGCCCGGCGGCUCCGACGGGGCGUCCCGCCAGCGCGAAGCCUACGAUACGGUCAGCUCCGACGGCCAUGGCAACCACAAAGAAAGCAGUCCUUUCCUUAACAACUCCGACCCCGGCAAAGCAGGAGACUACUAUGAUAGAAACUUGGCCUUGUUUGAGGAGGAACUGGAUAUUCGCCCGAAGGUCUCUUCUCUGCUUGGCAAACUGGUCAGCUACACGAAUCUCACUCAAGGCGCCAAGGAACAUGAGGAAGCGGAAAGUGCUGAGGGCUCAAGAAGGAAAGUAUCCAAAUCACCCAGCAUGGGCACCCUGAUGGGAGUCUACCUGCCAUGCAUGCAGAAUAUCUUUGGGGUUAUUCUCUUCCUUCGACUGACCUGGAUGGUGGGAACAGCUGGCGUUAUACAGUCCUUCCUGAUUGUCUUAAUCUGCUGCUGCUGUACCAUGUUGACAGCUAUAUCAAUGAGCGCCAUUGCGACGAAUGGAGUUGUUCCAGCUGGUGGUUCAUACUUCAUGAUCUCACGAUCGUUGGGCCCUGAAUUUGGUGGAGCAGUGGGUCUGUGUUUUUACUUGGGGACAACAUUUGCAGGUGCCAUGUACAUCCUCGGUGCCAUUGAAAUUCUGCUCACCUACAUCUUUCCCCAAGCCGCCAUUUUCCAUCCAACGGGCGCCCACGACACGUCCAGCACUACGCUGAACAACAUGCGAGUGUACGGGACUUUAUUCCUCACGUUAAUGGCUGUGGUGGUCUUCGUAGGUGUGAAAUACGUCAACAAACUUGCUUCUCUCUUCUUGGCCUGUGUCAUAAUAUCCAUCUUAUCCAUCUACGCUGGGGCGAUCAAAUCCAUCUUUGAGCCACCUGUUUUUCCGGUUUGUAUGCUGGGCAACAGGACUCUUUCGAGGGACCAAUUUGAUAUUUGUGCCAAAACAACCGUUGUUGACAACGUCACCGUGCCCACCAAGCUGACCGAGCACUUCUGCCCAGAUUUCAACACAAGCUCUGCCUUGUGCGACGAGUACUUUCACUUCAAUAAUGUCACCGAAAUUGUAGGGAUUCCUGGAGCUGCAAGUGGAAUUUUGAAAGAUAACAUCUGGAGCAAUUACCUGGAGAAAGGAGAGAUCUUGGAGAAGGCUAAUUGGUCGUCUGCUGACGUGGCUGGGCAUAAGAACAACCUCCACCUCUACGUUUAUGCAGACAUCGCAACAUCCUUCAUGGUGCUUGUUGGCAUCUUCUUCCCUUCAGUGACAGGGAUCAUGGCGGGCUCAAACCGAUCUGGAGAUCUCAAGGAUGCCCAGAAGUCUAUCCCUUUUGGAACCAUCCUUGCUAUUGCCACCACAUCACUAGUCUAUUUCAGCUGCGUGGUCCUGUUUGGAGCUUGCAUUGAAGGCGUCGUCCUGAGAGAUAAAUACGGUGACGCGGUGAACAAGAACCUAGUGGUGGGCACCCUCGCAUGGCCCUCGCCGUGGGUCAUUGUGAUCGGCUCGUUUUUCUCGACUUGUGGGGCAGGAUUGCAGAGCCUCACCGGCGCCCCACGGCUGCUUCAAGCGAUCGCCAAGGACAACAUCAUUCCUUUCUUGUGGGUGUUUGGGCACGGGAAGGCCAAUGGCGAGCCCACGUGGGCUCUUCUGUUAACCGCGCUGAUUGCAGAACUCGGCAUCCUGAUCGCCUCCCUUGACAUGGUGGCCCCGAUCCUUUCUAUGUUUUUCUUGAUGUGCUACCUGUUUGUCAACUUGGCCUGUGCCGUGCAAACACUCCUAAGAACACCAAACUGGCGACCCAGGUUUAAGUACUACCACUGGGCCUUGUCCUUUUUAGGGAUGAGUAUCUGCCUUGCACUGAUGUUCAUCUCCUCCUGGUAUUACGCGUUAGUGGCAAUGGUCAUCGCAGGCAUGAUUUAUAAGUACAUUGAAUAUCAAGGGGCAGAGAAGGAGUGGGGUGAUGGAAUCCGGGGUCUGUCAUUAAGCGCCGCCCGAUACGCUUUGCUGAGACUGGAGGAAGGGCCCCCCCACACCAAGAACUGGAGGCCACAGCUGCUGGUGCUUCUGAAACUGGAUGAAGAUUUGCAUGUGAAAUACCCGCGGCUGCUGACGUUCGCUUCCCAGCUGAAAGCUGGCAAAGGGUUGACCAUCAUCGGGACGGCGAUACAAGGCAACUUUUUGGAGAGUUACGGAGAAGCCCAGGCUGCUGAACAGACCAUCAAGAACAUGAUUGAAAUCGAGAAGGUGAAAGGAUUUUGCCAAGUCGUCGUCGCUAAUAAAGUCCGAGAUGGCAUCGCUCACUUGAUACAGUCGUGCGGAUUGGGGGGCAUGAAACAUAACACUGUGGUGCUGGGCUGGCCGUACGGCUGGAGGCAGAGUGAAGAUCCAAGAGCCUGGAAGACAUUUAUAGACACUGUGCGUUGCACAACUGCAGCCCACCUCGCCUUGCUAGUGCCCAAAAAUGUGUCCUUCUAUCCUGGCAACCACGAGCGUUACAACGAAGGGAACAUCGACAUCUGGUGGAUUGUGCAUGAUGGAGGCAUGUUGAUGCUGCUUCCUUUCCUACUCAGACAGCAUAAAGUUUGGCGAAAGUGCAAAAUGCGAAUUUUCACCGUAGCCCAGAUGGAUGACAACAGCAUCCAAAUGAAGAAAGACUUGGCAACCUUCCUCUACCACCUCCGGAUAGAGGCUGAAGUAGAAGUGGUGGAAAUGCAAAACAGUGACAUUUCGGCGUACACUUAUGAGCGGACUCUGAUGAUGGAGCAGAGAUCCCAGAUGCUGAGGCAGAUGAGAUUGACCAAAACGGAAAGAGAAAGAGAGGCCCAGCUGGUGAAGGACAGACAUUCGAUCAUCAGGUUAGAGAGCCUCUACUCUGAUGAGGAAGACGAGGGGGAAGCCGUGCCAGAAAAGAUCCAGAUGACGUGGACGAAGGACAAGUACGACUCCGAGAAACGGAUCCGGAACAGCGCCAUGGAGAACUUCAGAGAGCUCAUCAGUAUUAAACCCAACCAGUCAAAUGUCCGAAGGAUGCACACUGCUGUGAAACUGAAUGAAGUCAUUGUAAACCGGUCCCACGAUGCCAGACUUGUCCUUCUCAACAUGCCCGGCCCUCCGAAGAACUCUGAUGGAGAUGAGAACUAUAUGGAAUUUCUUGAGGUCCUGACUGAAGGCUUGGAACGAGUGUUACUUGUCAGAGGCGGUGGCCGAGAAGUCAUUACUAUCUACUCUUGAUCCAAAUAGGAGAAGUGCCUGCCACCGCUAACCCCUCUUUGAGAUAAAAGGACAUUCCAGUUUGAGUAUGGCUUUUCUCCUUCUCUGCUUCCACUUCUACAUGAUCUAUCUUCCUUUUGUUCCACAGGUAUACACAAUGCACUGCAGAUUUAAAUGCAAGUUCCAAUGAAUUCUUCCAGCUGCAACAUACAUAUCUGUUUUGAAGUGCGAUGGCAUUACACCAUUCUGCUAGAGAGACGUCUAAUCAUGACGCUAUGAUGCAGCUCUGCUUCUGCUUUCAUACUCCAGCAAAUGUGUGUGUGGUUUUAAUGCUGAACCUUUUUAUUUUUUAGAACACAAAAGGGCAGAAUUUUUUAGUACAGGUAUGUAAUUUUUUAGUAAAGGUAUGAACUUGACUUUUGCAUUAGGAUUUAGGGAACUGCUUUUACAGAGCAGCUAGUUUCUGCUGCUGCUGCUAAUUCUCUGCAUUUUCUAAAUAAAAAGAAAAACACAGAACCAGCAUUUUUUAAAACACACAUUUUUUUGUAGACUGCUCUCUAAAAUGACAAUUUCAGUAUUCGGUCAGAAUUUAUACUUUGAGAUACAAGUUUUAAAUUAUGGGAAUUAUGUAUGUUGAUUAUUACAAUGAUGUACAAGAGACUCAUGGGUCUCUGAUUAAAAUAGACCCUCCUUUCUCCCUUAUUUAUUUUUCUAUUUAUUUGUUAGAAACAGUGGCAGUAAGAAAGCGAACCGCCUAGACUAAUGAUUGUACUCUAUUGCCUGCAGACCAUUUUUACCUUGAACAGACUAUAUAUAUAAUAAAUGCACAACUGUUCUAGUUAGACGAUAGAGGUUUCUUUAAAUUAGAUCAAAAGGUUAUUUCUGUAUAGCUCUGCUCUGUUUCAAGUAGUUGCAGUCUACUGCGGUAUAAAUGUGCAGGUCUUACAUGUCAGCACACUUUAGGGGGUCACGCUGGUUACAGAGUGAGGCGUGUUGUUAGAAAAUACACCUUUUUAGAACCCGGAACCUUAAGGAAUUUUUUUAUCACACCCAUUACGCUGUAUUUACUGUACAGGAGGUCUGUAUUUUUUUCCAAUAAAAUAUUGCAUACACUUAAAUCGGUAUC